AUGGCGGUCCGAUUCUUCCACCUCGCACUGCCCGUGUUCUUCUUUCACGGUGUCACGGGCAACGCCACCAAUGGCCGCAACAUUCAAGCCAAUCUCACGGCUGAGGGCCGUGUCUUUGUGGGUCUCACGUACUGCGAAAACGAGUGCUCGGUGCAGUCAGUAACGGCGCAGAUCCCGAUGGCCAUCGAGCAGAUCCGCAAUAUCGUCAAGAACGACUCGCGUUUCAGCGACGGCUACCAUUUCGUGGGCCACUCACAGGGUGGCGGUAUCGCCCGUGCCGUGGUGGAGAACAUGGACGAUCACAAAGUGCACUCUCUCGUGAGUCUAGCCGGCAUGCAGAACGGCAUGUUCUACGGCCCACAGGCAGAGGACGUCGUGCCGCUCUUCAUCAUGGUAAACGUGCUCGGACCCCAGCUGCUGACGCCCGAUAUCUUUGACUUCUCUAGCUACACCGCAGCGGACUGGCGUGGCAAGUUCCAGCACGAUCUGGCCCAACUGGACGCGAACCAGACGCUGCAGGCGAAGUACUCGCUUAUGAACAUGAACCGCGAACCGGCCGACAACUAUUUCAUUGCAAACAACAAGUACCUGCCGUACCUCAACAACUUGAAUCACUGCGACGACAACGAUUUCCGGUGCAAGUUCGACAAGAUCCGUCGUAAGAGCAACUUCUUACGCCUCAAGUCUGCCCACUUCGUCGCGAGUCCGAACGACGGAAUUGCAACCAAGUUCGAGGAGUUCACCGUCAUGGAUAUGGAGGAUACAGUCGAGUACAAGAGCGACGCCAACGGUCUGCGAACGCUAGAUGAACGUGGCGACCUGCAUCGCACGGUUGUCGCCAACAUCUCGCACAACUGCUGGAUCGUCGACGGCUACAUCUACCCAGCUUUACAGUGA